CGUUAAACAAACACCGGGGUUCCUGCUUCCCGUUAGCUUCGUCAAAGCUGCAAUAUCCGAGCCCUGACAUUGCGAGGAUGGAGGCUGUUAUGGUUUAGAUCGGGCUUCGCUGAAAGCACACACAGUGGGAGGCAGGAGGUGUGAGCGAAAAAGCCCCAGACACCAGCAGCAUGUACUCCGAGUGGCGCUCCCUGCAGCUGGUGGUACAGAGCGACCAGGGUCACCUCAGUGUUCUGCACACCUACCCUCCCAAUGUUGGUACAGAGGUGGCAAACGCAGUGGUCAAGCCUUUGGGCACAGCCGUUAGCCCUGUGGCCACAGAAAACAUCCUUAAAACGGACAAAGAGGUGAAAUGGACCAUGGAAGUGCUUUGUUACGGACUGACCCUUCCCUUAGAGGGGGACACCGUCAAGCUGUGUGUGGACGUGUACACGGACUGGAUGAUGGCCCUGGUGUCUCCCAGGGACUCGAUGCCGCAGCCUGUGGUGAAGGAGCCCAAUAUGUACGUCCAGACCAUCCUCCGACAUCUAUACAACGUAUUUGUGCCAAGGCGUGAACAGCACAGUCUGAACCACAUCAGGCUUUGCCAGCAGGUUCUCACUGCGGUCCAGAAGCUGGCACGAGAAUCUGUAUCCAUGGUGAGGGAAACCUGGGAGGUGCUGCUGCUCUUCCUGCUGCGCAUCAACGACACUCUGCUCGCUCCACCGUCGGUUGGCGUGGGGGUAGCAGAGAAGCUAGCAGAGAAGCUGAUGGCUGUGCUGUUUGAGGUGUGGCUGCUGGCAUGCGCCCGCUGCUUCCCCACGCCGCCAUAUUGGAAGACUGCGCGGGAAAUGCUGUCCAAUUGGAGACACCAUCCUCCUGUGGUGGAGCAGUGGAGCAGAGUAGCUUGUGCUCUGACUUCAAGGUUGUUGCGGUUCACCCACGGACCGUCCUUCCCACCUUUUAAAGUUUCUGAUGAAGACGCCAACCUGAUCCCUGUAGAGAUGGACAAUGACUGCGUGGCACAGACGUGGUACCGCUUUCUCCACAUGAUCGGAAACCCGGUGGACUUGAGCAACCCCGCCAUAGUGAGCACCACCCCGAAGUUUCAAGAGCAGUUUCUGAACUCCAGCGGGAUUCCCCAUGAAGUAGUGUUGCAUCCAUGUUUGAAGCAGCUCCCGCAGAUCUUCUUCAGGGCAAUGAGGGGAAUCAGCUGCUUGGUGGACGCAUUCCUAGGUGUUUCUGUUGAAAAGAGAGACGUACGCGAGAGGGCGUUCUCUUUUUGUCCCGUGCUGCUCUCUCAUGGCAUAUCACGACCUCGGGCUGACAGUGCCCCGCCCACCCCAGUGAACAGAUUGAGUAUGUCUCCGCCCCCAUCCGUUGCCAACACUACGCCCCCACACAGCCGCAAACAGCGACACGCUGCGGUUGUGAAAACUGCGAGCAAGAGCUCAACCAGCAGCAGUAGUCAACCAGUCAAAGCAUCCCAGCAGCAGCAGCCGUCGUCUUCCCCGACUCUGCUCUCCAGCCCCAAUCAGAGCAGCUGGGAGGCGCGGCCUCUGCCGGCCCCGGCGCGGCCCAAGGUCAACAGCAUCCUCAACCUGUUUGGCCAGUGGCUUUUCGAUGCCGCUCUGGUCCACUGCAAACUCCACAGCGGCCUCAGCCGAGACCCCAGCAUGACCGCCUCUUUUAUCCAAAUUCUCCUUUCUUAUAAAUCUUCAAUAGCCACUCAGAUGGGUUUGGAGCUGAGGAGGAAGGGUUCCCAAAUGUCCACUGACUCUAUGGUGCCCAACCCCCUCUUUGAUAUCAACGAGUUCCCCGAGAGCUACGAGUCGGGAAGAGCCGAAGCCUGCGGGACUCUCUGUCGCAUCUUCUGUAGCAAAAAAACUGGAGAGGAUAUUCUUCCUGUUUACCUCUCGAGGUUCUACAUGGUUCUGAUCCAGGGUUUGCAGAUCUCUGAUUUCAUCUGUAGACCAGUUCUGGCUUCUAUCAUUCUUAACUCUUCGUCUCUUUUCUGCACCGACCUGAAGGGCAUCAAUGUUGUGGUGCCUUACUUCAUCGCUGCUCUGGAGACUAUUGUUCCAGACAGGGAACUGUCGAAAUUCAAGAUUUAUGUAAAUCCUACAGACUUGAGGAGAGCUUCCAUUAAUAUCCUGCUCGCCAUGCUGCCUCUGCCUCACCACUUUGGAAACAUCAAAUCAGAGGUUCUGUUGGAGGGCAAGUUCAACGAAGAGGACGGGUGGCCCCAUGACCAGCCCGUUUCCUUCCUUUCUCUGAGGCUGCGUCUGGUUAACGUCCUCAUCGGAGCCCUGCAGACUGAGACGGAUCCCACCAACACCCAGCUGAUCCUCGGUAUCUGCUCUGUCCUCCACCUCCCGGUUAACCUAACCCACUUGCUUCUGUCUGUGUUUUAUUGGCUCUUUUCCUCCUCCUCAGGUGCAAUGCUAAACAUAGUUCAGGACUCGGCGUUGUUGGAGGCUAUUGGAGCACAGACGGAAACGGGCAGCAUCGAUGGAAGCCACGCCACGCUGAGAAGUCAGAGUCACAGUCGCACCAACAGCGGCAUCAGCUAUAACAGCGGAGGGAGCACAGACGCCACUAGCCCAGACUGUGAGCGUCCCGCGCAGGCGCUGCUCAGAGACUAUGCUCUUCCAGAUACGGCGGCAGGCCUGCUGGUGCGCAGCAUCCACCUGGUCACACAGAGGCUCAAUUCUCAGUGGAGACAAGACAUGAGCAUCUCACUUGCUGCCCUGGAGCUGCUAGCGGGGCUUGCAAAGGUAAAGGUGGGCGUGGAUUCUGCAGACCGUAAACGUGCAGUCAGCUCCAUCUGCGGCUACAUUGUGUACCAGUGCAGCCGUCCGGCUCCUCUUCAGUCCAGAGACCUUCAUUCCAUGAUCGUAGCUGCCUUCCAGUUUCUCUGCGUGUGGCUCACAGAGCACCCCGACAUGUUGGAUGAGAAGGAUUGUUUGAUGGAGGUGUUGGAGAUAGUGGAGCUGGGAAUCUCUGGGAGUAAGUCUCGCCAUGAACAGGAAGUGCGUCACAAAGCGGAGAAGGAGCACAAUCCUGCUUCGAUGAGGGUGAAGGAUGCCGCUGAGGCCACUUUGUCAUGCAUCAUGCAGGUGUUGGGGGCCUUCCCUUCUCCCAGCGGACCCGCCUCCACCUGCAGCCUGCUGAAUGAAGACACUCUGAUUCGCUAUGCCAGACUAAGUGCCACAGGAGCCAGUAAUUUCCGAUACUUCGUCCUGGACAACUCCGUGAUUCUCGCGAUGCUGGAGCAACCUCUUGGCAACGAGCAGAACCCCAGUCCGUCUGCGACGGUUUUGAUCCGAGGAACAGCUGGUAGACAUGCCUGGACAAUGCAGCUCUUCCAUCAACCACGAGGAGCUCGUGCCAAUCAGAGGAUGUUCGUCCCAGAGGGCCGACCUAAACCCAACAACGAGGUGGGCAUCAAAUACAAUGUCAAGCAGAGGCCCUUUCCAGAGGAGGUGGAUAAAAUCCCUCUGGUCAAAGCUGAUGUCAGCAUCCCAGACCUGGAUGAUAUCGUCAGUAAGGAGGUGGGUUGUUUGGGCUGGGAGGAUGAUUCAGCUGACACAAGCUCACUGAUGAGUGAUUACUUGGAAAUUCAGCAUGACAAGCUUCGUAACCUGAUGGCCAAGCAGAUAGAGUAUGAGAACACUUUGGAACGAUGCAGUGAGGAACUGUUGAAGUCCAAGUCUUUUCCGGACCCUCAGAUGGACUGCAAACCUCCCCCUCCCGCCCAGGAGUUCCAGACAGCUCGCCUCUUCCUCUCUCACUUUGGUUUUCUGUCUCUGGAAGCACUGAAAGAACCAAACAACAGUCGUCUACCUCCUCAUCUGAUUGGCCUGGACUCAUCCCUGCCGGGGUUUUUCGAUGACGUCAGCUACCUGGAUCUGCUUCCCUGCCGACCGUUUGACACGGUCUUUAUUUUCUAUGUCCGGGCAGGACAGAAAAGCAGCUCUGAGAUUUUGAGGAAUGUGGAGUCCUCAGCUACCGUCCAGCCUCACUUCCUGGAGUUCCUGUUGUCUUUGGGCUGGCCUGUGGAUGUGGGCCAGCAUCCAGGAUGGACGGGACACCUGGACACCAGCUGGUCCCUCAACUCCUGCUUCGACAGCACUGAUCUACAAACAGACGAAGCAGCUCCUCCUGAGGACACCGGAGGCUCCGUGUUCAACGGCGAAAAGAAAGUUUUGUACUACGCCGACGCGCUCACAGAGAUUGCCUUUGUCGUUCCCUCUUUAACAGAAAACUCAGAGGAGUCGUCUGUGCACAGUGACUCCACGGUGGAGGCGAACCCCAACACAGACCUCAUACCCGGAAAACAAUCCACUCUCACACUGGAACUGUUCCCCAACCACUCUGAGAGCCUAGAGUCUGCUAAAAAGCUGAGUCCUUUGUUUAAGACAAAGAGGUCAUCGACCGGAAAAUCUUACCCUCAGCUGGGCCCUGAGACGAAGGUGUUUGUGGUCUGGGUGGAGCGCUUCGAUGAUAUCGAGAACUUCCCGUUAUCUGAUCUCUUGGCGGAAACCAGCACAGGCUUGGAGGCCAGCAUGAGCAACAGCACUUCCUGCAGGUCGGGGUUACUGGAAAAGGACGUUCCUCUGAUCUUCAUUCACCCGUUAAAGACGGGACUCUUCCGGAUUCGGCUGCAUGGAGCUGUGGGCAAAUUUGGCAUGGUGAUUCCCCUGGUGGACGGCAUGGUGGUUAGCCGCCGCGCUCUAGGGUUUCUUGUGCGCCAAACAGUGAUCAACGUAUGCAGACGGAAGCGGCUGGAAAGUGACUUGUACAACCCUCCACAUGUGAGGCGAAAACAGAAAAUCACAGAAAUCGUGCAGCGUUACCGCAACAAACAACUGGAGCCCGAGUUCUACACCUCCCUCUUCCAUGAGGUCGGGGACGGAAAGCCCCACCUCUAACCCUGCCUCGCCGCCAUGUCCUAACACUGGCUCACAAGCGCACACGCCGCACACACUCUUAUUCUGAACCCGUACCCCCCUGCAUACACACACACAUCCACACUCAAGAUCUUUAUAUUUAUACUAUACUAUUUUUGUUAUUUAUAUAAACACAUAUAUCAACACUGUUUGCCUUUGACUCUGAGAUCAAAGUGUCAAAAAAAACAAAUCAUGCCAAGGUGAGGGGAAACACCAACAUUUCUGUAUUCCAGCUGCGAUCCCAACGGUGAAAGUUGAACAGUUUGCCGUCUUUCUUCUUGUUUAGCUCCAUGCUUUGCAGCAACAAAAGGUUAGCUUGGUCUUUAAUGCAAUACGUCAGUAACAACGUUGGCCUUUCUGAACUUGUAAAAGCUUCGUUUUGGUUUUUUUUACUUUUUUUGCUACACGAGAUGAUUUCAUGAGGGAACAUAAAUCGGUGCCCAAAUCUGUUUGUUGUCCGGAUGAAACAGAUUUAAGUUUGCCAAGGAUACAAACCAACAUCAUUUGCAGCUUAGAAACGUAAUCAUUUUACCAACGUUGAGGCAGCAGAACUCUUGCUAACGCCAGCUAAAGUCUUCCUCGUGCAAACUCACAUUUGGCCUGACUGAGCACACUCUGUCCUUAGCUUUUCUCUCCGAUUUAAAGGAUUGGUGUGUUUCGCUGAAUGCUGGUGUCGUUUUUUGACUCCCCUGUGCUUUUGUGCAUGGCUCUCCUUUUAUUCCGCUCACAUGUGCACAGGUGUGUGUAUGUGGCCAUUUGUUUGCUUCUUCCGCCCGUCAGUCGACACUACAAGGAGUCAGGGAGCUCUAAGAGCCCUGCACGUGGCAUUUGAAAACUGAAAUUUGUCACUUUAAACAAAUAAGAAUCUCAUAUUUUAUUUGUA